GGCUGACCGGUGACAACCGGCUCACUAUCUUCGUGAACGGCCACGUGAAUUUCGUUUCACUCAAUAGUUGUGACCCAGUUGGGUUCAUCGAGUGAAUUUUAUUCUCUAUAGGUCUUUACUAUCAAUCUACAGGGGAAAGAUGUCUGUUGUAGGGUUUGAUGUUGGAAAUGAGUCAUGUUAUAUUGCCGUGGCUCGUGGGGGAGGCAUCGAGACUAUCGCGAACGAGUUUAGCGACAGAUGCACACCGUAAGUUAUAUAAUGCAUAUAAAUCAUUGAAGAAAUCUAUGCAAUAGUCUCUUUUUCCUUACGCACUCCAAGUAUCGAAUUAUUACUGAUUUUUAUUCGAAAUUUACUUACAAACCUUGUGAUCAAUUCUCUCCCUGCUCUUGAAGCGUGAGAGUUAGUUGAAGCAUUGUGUGAACUAAACUUGAUUAACCUUUGUACGAAUCAAAAUUUUGCGUGAAGACCUGCGGACUUUUUUAUGCCCUAUAGGAGUGUGGUAUCGCUUGGGGAGUCCUUGAGGAGUAUUGGAGUUGAAGGUAAAAAUCAGGUAAAGCUGAAAGUUGUAAUUUUUCUGUUUCGUUAGUGAAUCGUUUGGUGAAACCAAGUUUUCCUAAAGUUGAAAUGUACCGAUUCUGUCUUUUUUAAACGAAGAAAUCGUGAUAUCUUUUUAUACUCACGAUAUCCAUAUGAAUUAACAGAUGAUAUUCAAUUUGAAAAAUACUGUGAACCAGUUCAAGCGGCUUAUCGGUAGGAAAUUCAGUGAUCCUGUAGUCGAAGAUGAAAAGAGAAGACUAGCUUGCCAGCUUGUAGAAAAACCGGGAGAUUGCAUCGGCGUAAAGGUAAGAUUCAAACCUCGAAAAAAUUCCUUUUCUCAUUUGAGAUGUUCACUGGCAAGGAAUUAAACUUUUGCUUCACAAUUGUGGAAAGGGUAUGUUUUUCCUAUAUCUUUAAGAGGAUUAACUUUUUCCUUAUGAUAAUGAGGUUUUCAAUCAAUGUAUGCAUGUGAUAUUCCACACGCAAUACACAUGUGUAAGAUUCUUGAAGAUUUAGCUUGUGUAUAGAAUAUUUUAGAUAUUUAGAUUAUACAGCAACAGUAGCAAUUCUAGGAUUGUUCCAAUUUGUCCCUGGAAUAGCGCCAAUAUCUUUGCAAGAAAUUGUUUUCUGAUAGAUUGGUUUGUGCCGUGAUUAUUGUAUUUUCAUUUGAAUAACUAUACUAUUUAAUGCAGUUAUGUGGAUCAAUGUUGCAUUCAGAUAUUUUGUACUUUCAAUUCUGGAACACUACUUUCCAUGUUACUCUUAAUUUCAUAAAAUUAUUUAAGAACAACUGAAAACUUAUCUAAGGAAGAUAUUUCUUGGAAAUGAAAUUCUCAGAAAACAGAAAUUCCUGAAUUGUUUCUUCUUGUUGCAGUUACGUUAUCUGGGGAAUGAGGAAGUGUUUUCACCAGAACAGAUUAUGGCCAUGCUCCUGACAAAACUGAAGACUAUUUCUGAGAAAGAAUUAUCCACUAAAGUUACAGACUGUGUUGUUUCUGUGAGUACUUAUGUUGUUCUAAAUUUUUUUGCUUUGUAAAACUAAGAUUUAACAUAAAUUUUACAUCAUAGUGCAUUUGCAAACAAGUAAAAUGAAAUUGAAAUAAAGAAUGGUACGGAAACAUUUAGAAGUUUUUUACUUGGGUGUCAUAAGUGACUAGCUUUCAUUCACUUUACAUGUGAGUUUGUAGAAUUAAUAGGCUUUGUAGAAGCCACAAUACUUGUAGUCAUGUUUUACUCCUUGCUGAACCACUUCUAACCCAUCAGACUUCAAAUUUUUUGUUUUUUAUAGAUAAAAAAUGAAAAUGAAAGAUAAUCAUAUUAGAUGUCAGAAACAUGACAGGGAACAGAGCAUAUUAGUAUUAAGAACUACAAAUGACUAACUUGAAAAAAUUAGUUUAAAUGUAAACCCCAUGACCUAGAGAUUGUAUUAACCCUUAAACCAUCAUGACUGACCAGCACAUAAUUUCUCCUCACAAUAUCAGUGUAAUAUUAACCCUUUAACUCCCAUGAGUGACCAAGACAGAAUUUCUCCUUACAAUAUCAAUAGAAUAUCAAGCAGACAAGUGAUGAGAAUGAAGAAAAGUAUAGGUUAGGGGAUUAUAAGUUGAUCCAAUACCAAUUUCUCCAAACUAAGAUCACAAGAACUGUAUAGCAGACAGUUGAGAGAAUUACUAAUGAGAUCUUGGGAGUUAAAGGGUUAAGAGAGAAAUAAUGAGAUUAGAGGAAAUUAUAAAUUAGGGGAUAAUUUGUUUAUCCAAUAUCAAAUCUUCUGAAACAGCACUAUAAGAAUUGUACUGCAGACAGUGAUGAGAAUUGCUCUGAGAUCUUGGGAGUGAAGGGGUUAACCCUUAAACUCCCAGAAGUGAUUGACAUAUAACUUCUCCGCACAAGUCUUUUAGCACAAGUUUUGGAACGUUUGCACAAUUCUUAGUGGUCAUUUCGCACAACAAUUAUAAGUGAGAAACAUCAAUAUAAAAGGUAUACUAAUUGAUACUGAUAAGACAUCUCACCUUCACAUGUCACUUUCAAUAAGAUCCAACGGCGAGAACGUAGACAUUUAUUUACGUAAUAACUUCAACUAGAUCGAAACGCUUGUGAUCACUAUUCUUACUUGAAGAAAGGAACAAAUAUUUCUCUCUAUGAAAAUGUAAAGAACUCCCUAUUCGAACAAUUACUUCUUUUACUUUUCCUUUGUUAAACGAAAAACGUUUUAGUUUUGACAGUACAUCAUCCACUACAAACAAACGAACAUGACGACCUGACGCUGAGGACGCCAUGUUGAUUUCGAAAGUAAUUGUCACCAAUCCUCCUUCCACUGAAGUCAAAGUAAAAACCUGCAAACUGUUUCACUUUUUAUUUAAAAGGAGAAAAGACCUAUUUACAAAAUUUCUGUGUAAAUACAUAAAAUUCAAGUUCACGGCUAUGUUACUUGACGAAUCAUGUAAAUUUUAACUCGCUACUCGGUCAAGACUCAUAGAAAUUUAGCCCUUUCCUGCAUUCAUUUAAGCUAUAGUACAUCUAAAUUUCUUUAUUUGUUUUGAUCUUAACGAACGGCUAGCGUAUAAUCUUUGAAUUAUUUUGAAUUAUUGAAACUUUUGUGAAAUCAUUUGUUUACAUUGCAGUCACUAUGACGCUUAUUGAUCGAUAAUGAACUCUCCAUCCCUUUGGUAAUUGUUAUUAGAAUAAUUUGAAAGGUUACUACUUGAUAGAUGUAUUAAACUUCUCGAUCUUUAAAAUGAUUACAGGUCGAACUUGUCUCUCUACAAGAUCACUAGUUACUACCUACACUGACACGUUUAAGUUGUCAAAUCACAACACUUGCACGUGCCGACUUUUGAUGUGAAGCACUCUCUGAAUAUCGAGUUAUUAACAUUGAACUGUUUUUGCUGUACAUAUUACCAGUAUGCCUAAUUUUCAUUAUAUAACGAAGAUAUAAGAAGCAAGUUUUCAAUAGCUUUAUUUGAAACUCUUACAGAUCGAUAAAACAUGCUAUUUGAAGGUGAUCGAACAAGGAGGGAAGACUGGUGACAAUUACUUUCAAAAUCAACAUGGUGUCCUUAGCGUGGGUCGUCAUGUUUGCAUGUUAACUUUGUAGUGGAUGAUACUGUCAAAACUGAAAGGUUUUUCGUUUGACAAAGAAAACGCUAUAGAAGUAGUAGUUCGAAUAGGGAGUUCUUUCCAUUUUCAUGGAGAGAGAAAUUUGUACCUUUCCUUUCUUCAAGAAAGAAUAGUGAUCGCGUUCACGAGCAUUUUGAUUUAAUUGAAGUUAUUAUGUAAAUAAAUGUAUACAUUCUCGCUGUUGGAUCUUGUGAAGGUGAAAUGUCUUAUCAGUAUCAAUCAGUAUAACUUUUAUAUUGAUGUUUCUCACUUAUGAUUAUUGUGCGAAAUGACCACUAAGAAUUGUGCGAACGGUCCAAAACUUGUGCUAAAAGACUUGUGCGAAAAGUCUUUUGUGCAAAAUGACCGGUUACCCUUGUGACUUAUUUAAAAGGAAAUGUGUAGCAGCUAGAAGGGAGAAUUAACAAUCACAUCUUGGAAGUGAAAGGGUUAAGUAUCAAGAAACUUGUAGUGAGCUCUAGUCAGUGGCAGUUUAUUGUUCUGUUGUUCUGACCUCAAAGGGCACACAGAGGGUUGUUAUUAAAAGUAUUUUGCUAAAUCAGCAGAAGAGAAUUUCUCUGAAAUGCCUUGUAGUAUUCACUGCUACCACACAUCUAUUGGUUGGCACAUUUGUAAUUAAGGAUAAAAAGUCAGUAACCUACAGCAGUAUUUAAAAGAAUUUUUUUUGGUCAGGUUCCCUGCUAUUAUACAGACAGGCAAAGGAGAGCAAUGGUGGACUCAGUCGCUAUGGCUGGACUGAACUGCCUUAGACUCAUGAAUGACACCACGGCAGGUAAAUUUCAAAUCAGGAAAAGCUAAAUUAUCCUGGUUGGUCUCUAAAUAUUUUCUUUUAACAUUCAUUGGGAGAAUUUAUUGAAUAUGCACACACAUUCUCAGGGGUAAUCAGUUCCUGAUCCAUGUGAAUUUUGUACAAUGAUAAAUGUGAAGAUAUUGGGAAGUGAAAUUUAAUAUUUAUCACCUAACUCUGGGGACCUUUUUGAAGGGUUUACCCCUUUUUUGGCCAAAGGCAUGAAUGUUAACCCCUCUAUCCACUUGCUACAACUUUUCUUCCUUUUUUCUUUUUUUUCCUUUUUUUCCAGUUGCCCUGGCUUAUGGUAUCUAUAAACAGGAUCUACCAACUGAUAAACCUAGAAAUGUGGUGUUUGUUGAUAUGGGUCACUCCUCAGUUCAGGUUUCUGCCUGUGCAUUCUUGAAAGGACAGCUCAAGGUUUGUUUCAUCUUGGUACAAAGGAUUCUGGCUCUUGCUCCUUAAUGUGUGAUGACAUCAACCUUAUUUGUGGACUGGGACUGUACAGUACAACCCACUUAAAAGUGCAUAUGCAUCUAAAAAGUAUUGGUUUUAUCUG